UAUUUUUGGGAAUUGGAAGUAUGGAAAUAAUACGUGUAUAUUCUGGAUUUAAUUAUUUAUUUGUAUUGUGGAUUUACAUCAAUUUAAAUCAGGAAGGUGCUGCUGGAAAACCAAACGAACAAGUUCGGAUGUGCUACUUUACGAACUGGUCACAAUACAGACCUGGGGAGGCAAAGUUCCUUCCUGAGAAUAUAGAUCCCCAUCUCUGCACUCACAUUCUGUACGCAUUUGCCAAACUAUCAGACAGUGACUAUACAAUGAAGCCAUUUGAAUGGAAUGACCUUUCAACAGAAUGGUCCAAAGGAAUGUUGGAAAGAGUAGUAGGCCUAAAGAAGCUAAAUCCGAAAGUAAAAGUCCUCGUUUCUCUGGGUGGAUGGAAUAUGGGAUCAAAGCAGUUCUCGGCCAUGGUUGCCACACGUAGAAGACGAGAGAGAUUUAUCAAAAGUGUGAUUGAGUUCAUAUUGCAGACGAAAACUGAUGGAAUGGAUCUUGAUUGGGAAUAUCCCGCCACCAGAGGGAGUCCUCUCCAUGACAAGGAAAAAUACACAUCACUUGUGAAGGAGUUAAGACGAGCGUUUGAUGACGUUGAUAGAGAGGAGAAGCUCAUAUUAGCGGCAGCGAUACCAGGCUCAAAACUUAUUCUCGAAAGCGCAUAUGACUUGACAGAGGUAUCAAGGUACUAUGAUAUGAUGAUUGCUAUGUGCUAUGACCUUCAUGGCUCUUGGGAAUGGUUCGCUGGGCACCAUAGUCCCGUUUUCCCACACUCUAAUGAGAAGGGGAUCCAACGCACGCUCAAUAUGCACUGGGUGGUAAACUACCUUCUUGAAUUUAUACCACGUGAGAAGCUAGUUCUUGGUGUAGCGACGUAUGGACGGUCCAUGACCCUUCGAAGCGAGGAUAAACAUAAUUUGGGACACAGAACAGUCAAACCAGGAAGUGCCGGGGCAUUUACAAACAGCCCUGGUGUCCUUGCAUACUAUGAGAUAUGUAAGCUGUUUGCAAAUGAUGGUUGGAACAAUGUUUGGAGUGAUGACCAUGCUGUACCGUACGCUUAUAAAGGUACCCAAUGGGUAGGAUAUGAUGAUAUUGACAGCAUCACUAUUAAGGGCAUUCUAGCCAGAACUUACAAUCUUGGAGGAGUUGCUGUGUGGUCUCUGGACCUUGAUGACUUUCAAGGUGAUUGCCAUGGAACUAAGUAUCCGCUUAUAAACCAACUGAAGACAGUUCUAGAGCAUGAUAGUUUGGGAAAUGAUGACAUCAUCGAUGAUCUGUCACAGAAGAUCAAAGGCAACUACUUGGUGAAGUUGAAUAUGGAACGAAUGAUGUCUGAACCAGAUAGCAAAUCAUUAACCCAUGUACUCGAAAGUUCAGGAAUGGGUAAAAAUUAUAUAUUAGAUAAGGAACAACCAAAAGGUGGUAUAGAUGACAAUUCGACUACAACCGAGGUAUUUGAAUCUGUUGUAACUACAGUUAUUCCGACAAGAAAUGUAGCCACAAAUGGGACAGCAGAUGCCUUAAAUGAUGUACAUUCAUUUGGUGCAUCGAUUCAUGGCAAUACGUUCGUACACUCUGGUCACAGGCAGAUCCUCACAACAAUCCGUAUUUUAGACGAUGAUGAUGAUAUUAUCAACUCUGAUGAGUUCUUUCAACAGAUUGAUCAGAUAAAUUUUGUUGAUGUCAACAAAGGAACAAUUGGUAGACGCGUUAAGAGGGAAGAUGGGCAGAAGUGCAGUUUCCCAGGUGUGGUUAAGGAUCCGAAUAACUGCCACAAAUAUUUCCAGUGCUUUGAUAACAAACUGUUUAACUAUAACUGUGGCCCUGAGUUUGUAUUUGACCCAAGAAUACAGACGUGCUCCUACCCUAGUACUGUUGAAGGAUGUGCACCUGAAACCUCCAUUUCUGAUCAAGAUGGAUCACAAGAUCAAUUUAUUUGUAAAACUGAUGGAUAUUUUGCUAAUCCCGACGAUUGCAACCGUUUCUAUAGAUGUGUAAGUGGAAGGGUUUACCAACUCAGUUGCACAAAUGGUCUCUUCUUUAACGAAAGAUCAAACUCGUGUGACUAUCCAAGAAAUGUUGAUUGUAAAACAAAACCAGCCAAUACCCAUACUGUCCAACAAGAGGACAUUGUUACACAAGAUGAGGAAAAACAAGCAGAUCAAGACCAGCAUGCAGAUGACCAAGCUCAAAAUCGCUACGGUGAAGGGUCUGACCAAGCCUUGAAUAUCUAUGGGGAAAGGCCUGGUCAAUCUCAAGAUCGUUAUAGAGGAGACUCAGACAAGGAUCAAGGUGGCCGUAUGUAUAUAAGGCAUCCAGAAAGCCGAGGGGAAGAGAGCAAUCAUGGUGACGGAGAUAUCAAGGAUUGGACGCAAGAUAGAGUUGAGCCACCGAUUCGAGAUUUGGAUAAUUUCGUCUGUCCUGGUACUGGUUAUUUUCCUAGUCUCAAUGAUUGCAGCGCAUUUUACCACUGUGACAAUAACAUAGGUCACAAGCUAAGAUGUAACGGAGGACUGGUGUUUAAUAUUCAUGAAGAGACAUGUGAUUGGCCGGCAAAUGUCCCUGAGUGUGAUUCUGCGCAUGCUCCGCCGGUAGCUCCUAACAACGAGGGUGAAUUUUACAAACCAGGGGUCAGAGAUGAUUCGAAUCCAGAUCGACUGAAUCAGAAUAGAAUACCAAAUCGAAAUAGUCCAAUUUAUCCUGAUCAAUCUAACCAACACCAGAUCAGGCCAGAUUAUUCUGGCCAAGACAGGUCGAAUGGAAUGAAUGAAGAAUAUCAAGAAUACGAUACUUACUCGGACUAUGACAACAACGGUUAUGAUAAUCGAGACACAUUCCCUGAAAGCACAGAAGAUGGUUCGAACGGUGAUGCUGUAACAAGUACUAACAAUGUAGAGUCGGACAGAACAUCGAGAAUAUCUACCGAUGGAGAUAUACCGGAAUACCAAGAGGAAGAACCACCAAAUAUGAUUGAUUCGGACAACAUGCAAGAACCUCGACCUAUACCUCAACCCAAAACUGAUGCAGAUGCUGAAUGUUACAAUGGUUUUCUCCGUGAUAAAGGAGACUGUACGACAUUUUAUGUUUGUGAAAACGGCAACAGGUACAGAUUCUCGUGUCCAGAUAACCUGGCGUUUAGCAUACUACAUGGCCAUUGUGUUGACCCAUCUAGGGUACCAGGAUGUGAAUACCAAUCGGGCAUUAAUACAGAUAUGAAAUGCAGUGGGACUGGGUAUUUCCGUGACAGACACGAUUGCAGAAAGUACUAUGAAUGCAUCAACGGGACUGCUCAUGCCAUGUUCUGUAAGUUUGGCUACGUAUACAGUAAACAACAAGGAGCAUGCGAUUUUAUAUAUAAAGUACCAGAGUGUACGAGUACUGGAAUUCUCCCCUCUAAUGAUCCAACGAUACCAUCACAGAACAUUCUGACAUCUAUAUUCACUACUAAACGUGGCAGCGUCACAGAUGAAGAAAAUGCUACUUUUACGACAUCACCAGCGAAUGUUGAAGAUGUUAGUGAGAUCAAAACCGACUUCGGUGAUGAUAAAGCCGAUUUGGACAUUGAAUCUGCCUUAAGAGAAAUGCAUCGUUGUGACGAAGAUGGUUAUACAAAGGACGAAGAGGACUGUUCUGUGUACUAUAUAUGUGCCCAUGGUAUACGUUACCGUAUGGAAUGCCUUGAUGGGCACGUCUACAACAGCAAAACACAGCAGUGUGACAGUGCGUAUAAUGUUCCUGAAUGUCUGCCCAAUGAUAUCAAUCGUGAGAAACUGACGGAACAACACAGUGAAAAUCCUAAUACAUUGGAAAGGUUGAGUGAACCAGUUGAUGCGAUCAAAAAGGCAUUAUUGGGACUUGGUAAAGAAGACUGUAACACGGGCGACACAUACAGACAUCCGAAGCAAUGCGGCAAGUUCUACGCAUGCGUUACGAACUUCCGGUACGAACUCCAAUGCCCGAAAGGAUAUUACUUCAACCCCUCUAUUGAACAAUGUGACAUCAUGGAAAACGUGCUUGAUUGUGUUAAUGGAACAUGGAACAACACAGAGCCGGUUGAACUUGAUGACCAACCGGACGACCCCAGACAAAAUGGUACGGUGGAAUCACAAUUAGUGUGCCCGUUCGACGGUUACUUCCGCGAUGCUAGAAACUGUAGCAUAUUUUACGAAUGUUUGAAUGGCAACCUGCUUGCUAUGACGUGUCCUCAUGGAUUAGUCUAUAAUUCUGAUAUACAUGCAUGCGACUUUGUCUGGAACUCAGCUGAUUGUGACACUGAAACCUACUUGGGCAUGUUGGACGAUGAUGCUGAUGCUGUUGCUAAAGUUAAUAAUUCGAAUGAAUUGGAAUCGAAUGAUACGCAUGACUUCCAAUGUCCUCAUGAUGGCGUAUUCAGGGACCCGACCAACUGUUCUGUAUUUUACGAGUGUAUCUUGUCUACCCGAAUACGUCAUGAGUGCCCGGCUGGGUUGCUAUUUAGUAACCGGAUAUACAUGUGCGAUCACCCAGAUAGAGUUGAAUGCAAUAUAUCUCUCGACCAUGAACUGAUGACGGGAGUCAAGGCGAUUGAAGGAACCGAAUAUGACAGCGCUGUAGAUACCAGUCGUAAUACAACGGAUGACCUUGGGAACACACACACCAUUGAUAAUCCAAAAGAAGAUCCUGAUAGCAACGAAAGGAGCUUGUGUAUGGACACCAUGCGGAUUGCAUUCAGAGGUUCUUGUAACAUGUUUCUCCAAUGCAUUAACGAGACUGUCACGUCCUUGAAGAAAUGCCCACGUGACACAUACUUCAACGCGACAUCGUUACUCUGUCAGCCUGGAAACUGCGAGGACUAUAUCUCAGAGAGGAGUGAUAUGUCAAGCGGUGAUACGGCGAAUGGCAAUAUAACAAACGGCGAAAACUCCACGGAUAAACCCGAUGGUUAUUCUAACAACAAAGAAAAUAUUGUAGAAGAAACGAACAUUGAUAACCUUGAUUUUCAAAUUGAUGAGACCGUCAAUACGAAUCGUACACAUGAAGCGAUGGAUAGUACAACCACUGAUUACGAUGUGCUGUCAACAGAAAAAGCAAACGGUUUCGAUAACGAAAAACAAGACAAUUAUAACGACGAUGAUGAGAUCACGAUUAUUGCCGAAGUAAUUAGCACUGAACGAAAUGAAUGCACAACUGAAGGCAGUCUUGAAGUAUCCGAAGAUUGUCAUAGGUUCUCUGUUUGUUUGCACGGAUUUGUCUUAAACUUGGAAUGUCAGAAUGGGUUCGUAUUUUCUUAAAACAAUGAGGCUAUUUGCAUAUACGGAGCCUGUGUUCGGUGAACAAUACAUGCGAGCUAUGAUGUGGUAUCUGCAAGAAUAAUCAUUUACAGUGAAGAAUACUCAAUGUGUAAUCAUAGUUUAUUACAAAAUAUACGUAAACCUUAGUAUUAAAAUGAACAACCUUUGUUUAAUAAAUGACUAAAGUAAUGGCCAGUUUAAUGCAUUGACAUUGUGGAUUACUCCUGAAGCAACAUGAAGCAAUUAUACCUCUGUUCGAGU